AAUAUGGCCUCUUGACAUGUACUUGUGGCAGGACAAGUUGUCCAAAUUUUAUCACAACAAACAUGUAUUUCCCAAUUGGAUGGCCAAAAUAUCUUAGGAAUUCACGAAAUGAUUCCUCUCCAAUCGAAUUCAUUGUCAGUAGUUGUGAUCGGAUGUUUUUUGCCGUUCUCUCGGAUGAUACUCUGACAAUUUGGUAUUCAAAGCCCUCAAUACAAAUAGUAAGUCACAGUCUCUCACAGAAGCAGCUGGAGGAAUAUGGAGCAUAUUGUCGGGCAGAAUGGAAGCAGGACUCCUCCAUGCUGGCUGUCAUUACCUCCAAGUGCUAUGUGUUGUUCUUCAAAGUGGAAAUCGACAUCUCCGUGUCCAACCACAACUGUUUGUAUGUACAGCAAGAAGGAAGAAGUAUUCCGACACCACGUCACAACAUCAAUGGCAUCUUAGACAGUGACAGUGUUCCUGCCCUGAAAGUGUCAUGGGUGUCACAGAUACAUCUGUCAGAUAACAUAUCAUGCUGUCUGAGUGUCCGUGAUGAGCUGGUGGUGAGCACGGCAGACGGCUAUCUGAACCGGGUUCGCUGGAACGGCAACAAGAACGACAAGGCUACACUGCAUCUACGCGAUAUCCCAGUGUCCACAGACCUGCAGCAGUUUAGAGCGUGCCCCCAGUGGAAUUGGCCCAACGGAACCACACCCAGUCCCGCUUCCAAGCUGACCGACACUGAUGGCUAUGUGGUUCACAUGGAGUACAGUCCCACGCUGGGCGGAUACAGCAUGGUGCUGUCCAGCGGCAAGGCUGUCUUUGUCAUCCCCCCUUCCUCCAGAUCAGAGAAAACAAGUGCCCAUGGUGUUUGGGCUCAGGAUUUGUCGAAUGCUACCUCUCUCGCAGUCAACCACAGAUACAGGCUCAUAGCAUUUGGAUGUAAAAGUGGUGAGGGGAUCGUGUACAUGAUAGAUGAAGUAGUUGGAGCACUGGAAAUCUCACAUAAACUAGUCAUCUCUAGCAGGGACUACCCAGAUGCUGCCUCUAUAGCUGGCUCGGUGCAGUGCAUGAAGUGGACACCAGAUGGCACUGCCAUUGCUCUCACAUGGAAGAAUGGCGGCUUCUCCUUGUGGAGCGUGUUUGGGGCAUUGCUGGUCUGUACACUGGGGGGGGAUUACAGCUCCCCGAAGGAAGGCAUUCACCUGUACCCUUCCCCUGUCAAGUCUAUGGAGUGGGGUCUAGAGGGGUACCAUCUAUGGAUGAUUUCAACACUGUGUGAAGGAGGCACGACCCAGGAGAAGAAAGGGGAGGGAGAGGAGAACGGGGAGGGGAUCUACGAGCAGUGUCACAAGUCAAAUCUGUUGCAGUUCCAGUUCCUAAAGAGUGCCCUAUCAGUCAACCCAUGCAUGGCCAACCAUGAGCAUGUGUUCCUCCAGGGGGAGGAUAAGCUAUACAUGAGUACUGGAGACACCAUCUCCCGGACCUCUAGUCACCAUCACCAUCACCACCACCAUCACAACUCUCCGCACAUACGCAACAACACCUCAUGUCUUCUAGGCAAUGUGUUCAUUGGCAACAAGCAAUGGCAGGUCAUCCCUAUAUCACACAGCUAUCUGGCCAGCAAUUGGCCAAUCAGGUAUUCAGCAGUGGACCGAGCUGGGCAGUGUGUGGCGGUGGCAGGGAAGACCGGCUUCGCUCACUAUGCUCUCUUUAACAGAAAGUGGAAGCUGUUUGGGAAUGAAACACAGGAGCGAGACAUGGUUGUGUCAGGCGGCAUCACUUGGUGGAAGGACUUCAUCUGCCUGGCCUGCUACAACAUCCCAGGGCAGAGGGACGAGAUCCGAUUCUAUCCCCGUGGCACUAAGCUGGACAACACGUUUGCCCAGAUAACCAAGGUGCCUGCUCAGGUCCUCCUCCUCAACACAUUCAGGGACAUCCUCAUCAUCUUCUGUGCUGACAGCCAUGUCAUGCUCUUUAGUUUGGAGAGGAAAAAUACUCAGUCAAAUCCAGCAGUUACAAUCAGCAAAAUUCAGGAGGUGCCCCUCAACCAGUUUAUUCCCCACCCCCUGUGUGUAGCUGGCCUCACACUCACCUCCCUCACAUCCGAGUCAGGAACACAAAUCAAGCAUACAUCCAAAGAAGCUGAGAGUAUGUUGCUGAAUGUGUCGGGCAAACUGUUGAUGUUUCAACGAGACCGCACCGGUCCUCAGAUCAAAGAUGAAGAUCAUAAAUAUAGAUCGGUGCCGUUCUGUCCGCCGUCUGUCGUAGCUACCUCUGUAGAGAAUCUCUGGACGACCUCCAGGGCCAACCUGGGCAAGAUGCAAUUACUGGAGGCCAUGUGGCUGGGCUGUGGCUCACAUGGGAUGAAGGUGUGGUUACCUUUGUUUCCUAAGAAUGAAGGAAAAGCUCACAACUUCAUGUCAAAACGAAUAAUGUUGCCAUUCAAAGUGGACAUUUAUCCUCUAGCUGUGCUGUUUGAGGAUGCGGUUAUCCUGGGCGCUGCCUGUGAUGCUGUAGUGUACGAUGUCUCUUCUCCCGGCCAGGAGAAGUCAUCACUUCCUCUGUCACUCCUUGAGAGAACUAGUCAGAUCUAUCUCCAUCAUAUCCUGAGGCAGCUGCUGAGAAGAAACCUGGGUGUGCAUGCUCUGAACCUGGCCCGGUGCUGCACGGAGCUGCCCUACUUCCCCCACGUGCUGGAGCUGCUGCUACAUGAGGUCCUGGAGGCGGAGGCCACGUCUAAAGACCCUAUUCCAGACCCAUUGUUGCCGCGAGUCGUAGCAUUUAUCCAGGAAUUCCCGGAGUACCUCCAGACCGUGGUCCACUGUGCCAGGAAGACGGAGGUUGCUCUCUGGCCCUACCUCUUCUCCACUGUCGGAAACCCUAAAGAUCUGUUCGAGGAGUGUCUCAUCAAUGACACCCUGGAGACAGCAGCAACCUACCUCAUCAUCCUACAGAACCUGGAGAAACCCAUGGUCAGCAGACAGCACGCUACGCUCCUGCUGGAUGCGUCGCUGGACGCCGGCAAGUGGGAGCUGUGUCGGGACCUGGUCAGGUUCCUCAAGGCCAUAGAUCCAAAUGAAGCGGAGAUGUCUCCACCAAUAGGAAUGUUCAGUCGAGUGGGAUCAGGGUCCUCCUACCCAGCAGCCUCUCUCAGUCCGCCGAUCUCACCAACAGACGCAGGAGGAUUUAACUUCAGUAAUGUCAGCAACGUGGGCCGAGUGCGGACGUCCAGCAUGGUGGCUGACCCAGUCCGAGAUCUGCCGAAACCAAAAGACAAGCUCAAACACACUGCCUCUGACCCUUUGGUUAGAAAAGGGUCGGUGUCAGGCAAGGGGAAGAUGAACGAGCCAACGGCGGAGCAGGUGUAUAUAGAUAUGAUCCUUUGUCGGCAUGCACGCAAACUGCUCAGCUCCAACCAGAUCCGGACGCUAGGCUACUACUCUUCCAACAUGGACGACUUCCAGCUCGUCUCCUGGCUGCGGAGGGAGAGGGUUCGUGCAGCCAAGCUUGAUGACUUUGUGACAGCCCUGCGGGACAUCCAUCAGCAGUUUGACUGGCCACUGCCCAUCCUAUCCUACCAUCAACUGAAGAAAAGUCUGGCAUAUUCGUCAUCUAGUCUUGGGUCAUCAUUGUUAGAGGAGGACACGGCUAGUCCGCUGAGUGACAGCGACAAGCCCAUGACAGACAGCCAGGAUCCGGUACUGUUGACGCCAUUCUGCACUGUCCGACCGCCUCCCACUGAGUCGCUCAUGUCCCAGUCCACGUCGGACGAUGUGUUCCUCAGACCACAGCAUUCCAAGACUGAAGACAGUAGUGUUGCCACCCUUGAGGUGUCCGACAGCAGUUCUCUACUGGGGGAGUACGAAGUGGUCAACGACACGCUCAACAGCGACCAUGUCACGCCAGAAAUCGAGCACAUGUCACAGGAGAUUGCGAACAAGGGGCCUGUACAGUCUGAGGUGGAACUCAGGUACCUCCUCCAGAUCAUGUUGGAAGCUGGCUGUCUGGAGUGGGCUCUCAUCAUGGCCACGGUGUUGCGGGACACGCUGGGGGUGACGAGGACGGUGAACACAGCCAGUCUGACAGACACGCCCCUGGACAUGGCGGCCAGGAUGAGGGAGGGGCUGUCCUACCUGGAGCUGUGGGCAGACACAGAGUGCAUGGGGUACAAGGCAUUCUUCCAUUCUAUCAAGAGUCAGAUUCAAGUGCUGGAGAAGGUGGUUGAGCAGUCCCAGUCGUUGCUGGAUGUCAGCAUCCCGCCAUGUGACUCCCCCACACUGGACGAAGAAAACGCCUCACCGGUAGCUCAGUCCAUGCGCUCAGACAGUCAGGAGGCCGUGUCGGAUACUGAGGAAGUUGUGGCAAAAGAUGAGAAGUCCAAUGAUUGUUCUAUAAGUUAAGACUAAGAAGGUCUAGCCAUCCUAUAGGAAUGUUACUGGGAAAUAAAUCUCAACCACUGUGCCAAACUGAGAAGCGACAUUGCCAAUAGCAAAAUGUACAUAUACUGUAUAUUUGUGAAUAUGUGAAACUGUUUAUAUAUAUAUAUAUCAGGUUGCCAUGGGAACAAGAUCCAAAUAGAGGCUUAUCAUCGAAGGAUGUCAAAUUUACUGUCACAAGUAUGAGAUGUUCUGAAUGAGAGAAGAUGACGAUAUGUUGCUCUUUACCUUCUUUCUCCGAUACUGGUGUGAUAAUAAUGUGAUGUGAUUAGAUGUUGUCGAUUUCCACAGGCUGUCAAAAUUGUAAAUAAUCAGAGCCUGUGUUUCUUAGUAACUAUAUCAGGUUUCUUUCUCUGAUGUAUAAGUUUAAUCAAAGUAUUGUACAAAUUGCCCACAAACCUUUUCUUGAGUGAUUUUCAAUUUCAACCAUUUUUAAAUCUCAAUAAUCAAGGCAAAUACUCAAAAUGAUAUUUCUUUUUCAAAAUAAUCGUUGGUGAAUGUCUCUUUCAGACUUUACUGCCAGGAAUAAUUCGCUAUACCCCCGGGGCCUGUUCUAUAAGCACUGACUGUUCAGAGGUUGUGCCCAUGUACCUCAAUGCUAUAGGACCAGACUAUGUUUGCUCCAUAAAGCCAGAUUAUCAGGAAAUAACAGAUAAGGUUAGGGAGCUAGUCAAAAGUUCAGUGUUGGAUAAACUCUGAACUCCUAAAGUUUGGGGUUAACAGGUCUGCAAGUUUUCCAUCCAACAUAAUCAACUUUCAGGUUUUUUACUGUUCAAGUCCAAUAACAGUUCUAAUAAUCGCAUCUUUACCCUGUGAUUAAGCAGCACCACCUCUGCCAUUAUGGUAAGUAGGACAAGAUGAAAGAUUGUGCCAGUUCCAAAAUCUCUGGCGUGUUGGUGUUGGUAUUGCUCUGCAUAUAUGUGUUGAUACAAUUAAUACAAUGGUACUUUUAUUUGUUAAUACAAUGGUACUUUGAUUUGUGUUUUUCUGUCUUAAGGAAUCUCUCUUCAAAUGUCAGCAUCUUCAAUAUUAGGUUUUCAGCGUGUAGGGGUAUAUCUGAAAACUUAAGGAAUUAAUUGUUUUUAUUCAGCAUCAAACUUUUGAACUGCUUAACAUCAACCGACAAAUGUAGAAAGAUACUUCCACUAUGUUGUAAUGAAGGCUGUAAGGCCUGGAUGUCUCUCACAGCUCCUAACAGAUGGUUUCAUUGCUAGACUCCCUCAGCUGUGUACAUAGCAAGGACUGUCCUUGUUCACACUAACACAUGCAUAUCAUUGUUGUCUGCACAGAUAUUCGUAUCAGAUUGUGAAUGUACAGAAUUGUUUUAUCAUAUGUUUGUAAACUCAUGUUUGUCUUUGUACCAUUAUUUUAUUCCGAGACUGAUUUCUAACCACAGAGUUUCAAGUUACGACUUUGGCAUCAGUGGACAACAGUACAGUUUGAGAUUCUAUAAAGCAGCAACAAUCGAACCUUUUAGCAAUUAUGUUCUUAAAUAUGUUGUUUUAAGUAUGUUAGUUUUUCACCUGUGAUUUUAUGUAUUUUACGUUUCCCAAAUACUCAGAAAGGAGAAAUAUUGAAAUGUUUUGGCAAACACUAAGAGUUACCUCCCUUAUGCCACAAUUGUCACUCAACUUGCUUUUGUUUGGAUAUAUUCAAUCUACAAUUUGUGUUCAUUAAAGAACUCUAUGCUCAGAAAUUUAACCAAUGUUUAUCUUCCACAUUUAUAUUUUGUUUGGGUUCGAAUUUCUCUCAUUACCCUUUCAUGGAUAAUUUUUCUGUUAUUCUUCAUCAAAUAUUUCACAGUGAUGGUCUUUGCAAUGCAUUUUCCUUCAGUACAGAACUUGUUGAAUAGAAUUUUCCAUGAAAAUUCAAACAGAUUUUUCAUUUUAGAAAUAUACAAAUAAUUCAAAAUGUCUUGUAUGAUACAUUUAGUAUGUCUGUCUCAUCAAGGCAUCAGAGAUAUAAUCAGUGGUUAGUAUGGACUUUCCUAUCAAAUCUCUGUUGUUGUCGUUAGUUUUAAAGACUUAGCACAAAUAAUGAAAGUCUUCAUGUGAAAGAAAGUCAACAUCAGGUGAAUUGAGUUCAUAUAUAGAAAUAUUUCCAAUUUGUAUGAAAUUAAGGCCAUAAUUAUUUGUCCAU